AACAAAGCCAAUUCAGCCUAAGAUUUUUAUUCGAUCCACUGUCCUUUUUGUGUGAAUGUUAAAUAUUAUAUUGUUUCAGUUAUAGUCUAGGUGUAAAGAAACAGUAUAUCUGGUACUAAAUUUCCUUGAUAUGUAAUAUAUAAAACUGACAUAAGAGCUGGUCACUGAUGACCUUUGGUCAAUGAGGCAUCUCAUUCACAUAUUAACUUACAAGGUAAGAAUUUAACACUAACUAUACAACACAGCAUACUAGGAGCCAUUACUCAUGACAGUGCUUGUUAUAUUGUAGGCCUGUGUGGCCUGAAAUGGUGACCAAGCAGGACUUUGUUUUAAAGUGAAUUAUGACAUGGACAUUCAAAUAAAUAUAAUGAAUGAAAUACUGGAAACAAAUUUAAUUGUGUGAAAAAUGACAGCCCAAAAGAUCUGUCAGCUCAGGCCUGUCCUCCUGUUUACAUCAUGCCCUGAGGUUUUGGGUGGGAAAUGAAAUCCAAAGCUAGAUAGGUUUCUUUCUGAAUCUACAUUGAUUGUCUUAUUGUCAUAUCAUCUUUGCUAUAAGAAUAAUUCUAGCUGGGAACAUAAUUACACAGUUGUUCUCUGAUUCUUUGCAGGAAAAAAAAUCCAGAGUUUCAUUCACAUCCUAAAACCUCUCCAAAGAUUCAUAUUCAAAUUAGAGGACUCAUCACUCCUUGGCCAUGGCUACGGCUGAGCCAGCCCCUGCCUGGUGGAAGUUGACAUUCCUCCGCAAGAAGAAAUCCGAGGCCAAGGAGUUGUAUGAGGUACCUGCGGAGUACAGUAACAAUGCUGAGACGGCACCUGGGACGAGCAGUACGACCGGGAUGCCCGAUGACAGCCAGUUCAAUGCUCGCCUUGAACGCAUUGUGGACAAAACAGCCACAAAAGGACGCCACGUUAAAGUCUCCCACUCAGGCCGCUUCAAGGAGAAAAAACGCAUCAGGUCAACACUUGCUGAAAACCCGGAAUUGUUCCCCAACCAAGACACUUGCAAUGGGAAUCAGAGCACUGGGAAUUGAAGGCUGGGACAUCAGUUUGUGCAACUUGAUGUGCAAAUAAAUUAAGUUUUUGAAAGUUUUAAAAAGGCAUCAACUAAAUCAAGCAAAAAAAAACGUUACUGUGUUUUAGUAGGGUUCUGUUUAAGUAAUCUUGAUUGUAUUUGCCCAGAGUGGAUAUAAUGUGGUUUCUCGGUAUAGUCCAAUAAACCUGGUACAGGAUUUUUUUUUUUUUUAAUCAGUACAACAUCUAAAAACAUGUCUGACGGUGGUAAGAUCCUCAUAGCUCUAUCCGGUUGUAUUUAUACCUUCAACUGUUCCACCAAAAGAAAGCUGGCUAUUUUCUGACAAAAUUGUUUAUAGAGUAUGUCCUGUGUCAUGUGCAUUGACACAGGACAUUUUAUUGUUGAACACAUUAUGUUUGAAUUUUGUAGUCUUACUGAUUGUUGGGUGGUUGCUGUUUGUUUUUUUUAGUGGUGUUGAAAUUCAGGCAGUACUAGCCAGCAGUUGGAAAUAAAUUGCUAUGAGUUUACUGAACAAGAAAUAAUACUUCAGUUAAUUCUCACAUUUCUGACUGAAUUUUUGUCAUUUGGUCAUUAAUACUACAGAGUGGAGUAUUUGCAAUUUAAUCAGUGCACACAAGCAUGCAAAGAGAAAUAAGCAGUCUGCACUGUGUAAUUAUUUCCAUCCACAUUCAUCUGUUUCAGAUAUCCUAUAAUGUGUGUUUUCCUUGUUUUUUUUUAAUUAUUAUUAUUUGAAUAUUUUUAAACAUUUUUUAAAAGUCCAGGUGUAAUAACCUCAGUGCCUUAUGAUCAGAGUUACAGUUUCUUCUUCUAAAUCACCCGUCACUUUACUGAAUAUCUCUCUGUGUUUUAAACUGUAUUUGUUUACUCAACUAUCCUAUAGAAAUUAUAUUGAAUUCCUUGUAUGCUUUGAUUAUACUGUAAAAAUGUUUUACAGAAAAGUAAACUUUUAUUGAUUUGCAUAUAAUACUAUUCAAAGAAAAAUGUUUUGAUAUAAUAUUUAAUAAAAAAACAAAACAUUUUCCUAUA